CAACAUCAGCUCUCUGAUUCUUUAUUCUGUUCAAACAGGAUCUCAAGAGUUUUUACUGUUCUGCUCUUUAGAUUGUACUAUUAGUUUUGGUUUUGAUUUUUUUAAAACAAGUCAAAAGAUGGGGAUGGACUCAGAGGUGAACAGUUCUGGUGAUGUUGCACCAUACGGAGGAAAAAGUGCUUUCAGCCAAAUGGAGCACAACAUCGUGGCUGGAUAUCUGAUAACUGCAGGUGUCAUCAGUUUGGCCAGUAAUAUCGUAGUUCUGCUGAUGUUUGUAAAGUUCAGGGAGCUCCGCACAGCCACUAACUUCAUCAUCAUCAACCUGGCCUUCACUGACAUUGGAGUGGCUGGUAUUGGCUAUCCUAUGUCUGCUGCCUCAGAUAUUCAUGGAAGCUGGAAGUUCGGCUACACCGGAUGCCAGAUAUAUGCAGCCCUCAACAUCUUCUUCGGCAUGGCCAGCAUCGGCCUACUGACUGUGGUUGCUAUUGACCGCUACCUCACCAUCUGCAGACCAGACAUCAGUCAGAAAAUGACUGCUAGGUCUUACAACAUCCUUAUUCUGGCUGCCUGGCUGAAUGCUGUGUUCUGGUCCUCCAUGCCUAUAGUAGGCUGGGCAAGUUAUGCCCCUGACCCCACUGGAGCAACGUGCACAAUCAACUGGAGACAAAACGAUGCCUCCUUCAUCUCCUUCACGAUGGCAGUGAUUGCAGUAAACUUUGUGGUUCCUCUGUCUGUCAUGUUUUACUGCUACUACAAUGUGUCUGUCACCGUGAAGAGGUACAAAACCAGUAACUGCCUGGAAAGCAUCAACAUCGACUGGUCUGACCAGAUGGACGUUACCAAGAUGUCUAUUAUAAUGAUCAUCAUGUUUCUGGUUGCCUGGUCUCCCUACUCCUUGGUUUGCCUCUGGGCAUCAUUUGGUGACCCAAAGACCAUUCCUGCCCCGAUGGCCAUUAUUGCUCCUCUCUUCGCAAAGUCCUCAACGUUUUACAACCCCUGCAUCUAUGUUAUUGCCAACAAAAAGUUCAGGAGAGCCAUCACUGGGAUGAUUCGAUGUCAAACAAGGCAAAGGAUUACAAUCAGUACACAGGUUCCAAUGACAAUCUCCCAGCAGCCUCUGACCCAGUAAUUUAAGGCCUAUAUACCUAAU